ACAACAGCAGCAGCAGCAGCAGAGCCAGACAAUCCGCCAGAUACUUUUCACAGUUCCAGUCUCAGAUACAAAGAUUCAAGCGCGGCUUAGCGAUCGCAAAUUCAGUGCUAAACCGAAAGGCAACGCGUACGGACGUUUUUUCUACAACACAAUUCAAAAUUAAAGUGCCAAAUUCUGAAAGUGAAGUAAACAGACAAAGCAAAUUAAAGAAAGAAUAAAAAAAGAACGCGCAGCCAAAAGAUGUUUGCUGUAAUUGGAGUAUUUUGCUUGCUGCAAGCAACUCUGGCACCUGCGCAGUUGAUUACCUUUCGCGAUGGCAAAGUAGGCGUUAAUUUUGCAGGCUAUCAUGCGGAUGCAGGCUUGGGCGGCCUGUUGACCGGAAAUUCAGCGCAUGGCGGCCUCAGUGCCUCCGCCGGAACACCUUGGGGUUCACGUGCCGCCGCCGGCAUUGGCGGCGAUCUUAACGGACGCACUGCAGGAGUUGCGUAUGCGGGUGCUCAAGCAAAUCCUGAUGUUGGCGCUAGUGCUGUCCUUUCCGGAAGUGUGGGCGAGCGUGGCUAUGCAGGCGCCGAAGCGCACUCAAAUGGCAAAGUGUCUGGAAAGCAUUACAGUGUACAACAACAAGGCACUGAUGCUCCUCCGGCAAUUGCAAUCCCAGAGGAACAGCAACACGAAGAGCCCAGCCAUGUGCAGAAAAUUAAGCCCCCAAAGAAAUACUCGCUUAUUAGGCCCGAAGUGGUAUCACGAAGUAAUGCCAAGGCGGUUCACGCAAAAUCCGUCCAGAAACCUGUAUACCAAUCCUUUGCACCACAAAGCGAGGCUAACCCAGUGUGGUUAGGACUUCAGAUUCCCAUUGGCAUUCUGCAGUCCUUGCAGAACAGCAUUGGUGGAUUGCCCGCCCCACAACCCCCCGCAUCGUAUCGUGGCUAAAUAAAUAAAUACCUGUCGUCGUAUAUAAACGAGUCAAGAAAUAAAUACUUAAGAAGUUGUUUCUUGAAGGCUAAA